GGCGGCCAUGUUGAAUAUUAUCUGUUGACAGUUGAGUCUAAAGAAAGCUCCAAGAUUUUGUUUUAGCCAACUUAUGCUACAACUAAACGUCUGUUGUGCUUUUAAAUGUAAUCCGGCUUUAUGUCCUGAACUUUUAAUGGUUUGAUUCAAGUCAAGAGAUGGAUGACGAUGAACGGCAGAGGAAACUACAGGCUGGAAGAGCGAAGAAAUCCUCCAAUAUUUCCAGAACGCAGUCGCUUGCUAGCUUCCGACAGAAGCGGGCGAAAGGCGACGGUACGGGGGCGCCGAAAAAGACGCAGAAGAGGAAGGGCCCGACUGUCCCGCAGAAUGACGGAGCAACGCAAGGCCGCCACGUAGAAUCAAACGUUUCCUCGGCCAAUGACAACGGGCCGGACAAGGAGACCAACCAUGAGGGACCCCAAAAGCAACAACCGAAGGAUCCGCCCCCCACUGUGGAGCAAAGCCUGUCCCCUCUGAAUGAUUUUAGAGAGGGUGAACUGGCUGCACUCACCGGCAAAGAGCAGCUCAAGCAGCUGCAGCAGGCUGUGGAGAAGCGUAAUGAGAUCAUUGCCCGGCUCAGCUCCAACCUGCAGGAGGCCCUAGCCAGCAGAGACCAGGUACAACUGGAGGCACAGUCACUUACUGGGCAGAUUCAGGCGCUACAGAGACAGCUCCAGCAGACCAGCGUAGAAUUUUUGCGCAUCAAAAAUCAGUCGGCGGCUGAAGUCCUCCACGCCCCACAACAGCAACGGCAUGGCCAUUGCUCCCAAGAUGCUGACUCCCACCAUAAGGAGGCCCAAAUGGAGGAAACUGAGUGUGCAGGACCUGGGUUCCAGUCAAGUGUUGAAGGCCUUGGCAAGGAGGGCGAGACCAGCCCUGUUAUCCUCAAAUUGAGGGCCGAGCUGGAGGAAGAAAGGCAGAAGAGCCAACGCUUGUAUGCGGAACUGGUGGAGGAGAUGGAGAAACACCAACUUGUGCUUUCUUCACUGGAAAAGGAGAAGGAGGACAGGGAAGACGAGCAGAAAGAAAGGCUGACGCAGCUACAUAACCUUCAGGCCCAGUUGAGCUCGGUCCAAAGUCAGUGCCUUGAGAUGCAGCAGUACAAGGAGGAGAAGGAGAAGCUGAACAGAGAAGUGCUCGAGCUGAGGAAGAAACUUCAGGAGGAGGACGACCACGCAGAGAGGAGAUCUCUAGAGGAGGUGCAGAAGCUCAAGGAGGAGUUGGAGGGAGUCAGGCAGCUGUUGGAGGAAAGGGAGAAAGAACUGAAGUUUCGAGAGGAAGAGGUCACGGGACUCAAAGCUUCUAAGGAUCGUCAGAACCAGGCGAAGGCUUGCUUGAGUUGUGAGGAAAAGAUCACUGUAGACGAGACCAAUCUAGAGAGCGCACCUGUGGGGGACCACAUGGUCGUUUCAUUACCCGGGGACAUCCUGAUGGAGCGCUACCUGGCUUCAGCUCCUCCUGGACUCUCCCAAUCGUCAAUGCUCAUUGAAAGCUUUGAACACUGCGGUCAGCUGGACCUCUCUGCAGAAUACAGUUUUGAGCUGAACAGUGAGGUGUUGGGAGAUGAGCCUCUGUUGUCGAUUUCAAACCGUUUCCCCGAAGAAGGAGUCAACCUCGAUGACGACUCUACCCAACCGCGCUCGCCUGGCAUUCCUGAGCAUUUCACCUCCCGAUCUCCAUCUCAGUGGCUUCACGAUGACUCCUCCGGCGAGCUGGAGACGAGUAAACUCUCUGAGCAGCAGUUUGAGGAAACUGACCUGGAAAAAGAGCUGCUGAAUCAGCAGUGCGGGGAGCUCCGCGAGGAGCUGAUUCUCAAGGAGAGGGACUUGAGUGUGUUAAAGGAGGAAGUCCUCAACAGUGCCGAAGAGCUGGAGGAGGCCAGGAGCAGGUGGGCCCAGGUAACCGAAGACCUAAAGCAGGCUCUGUGGGAACUUGAAGAAGAGAAAGAUAAGAGAAGACGCGCAGAGGAGGAGAUCACCUUGACAGCCCAUCAAAACCACCCAAAGAACCAAUUUGGUGCCUUAACGGAAGGAGAAAAGGAGAAUGCAGUAGUGUUGAUAGGAAAGGAUGCUGCUUAUACCUCCCUGCUGGUUCCUUCUACCUCUCCAUCAGACGGGGAAGAUAAACUGGUGGGUGGGCCAGAAAAUGAACUGGAGAAGGAGGCUGCACUCCCGUCUUACCAAAAACCGCAGGAGCUCAACUUGUCGUCUCUGCAGGAGAUGAAACCGCCCGCAAUCUCUGCCAAACAGAGCUCAGAGCUCCACCAUGACAACCAGCUGCAAACACUGCAGGCUCAACUUGAAAUUCUCCAGUCUGAGCUAGAAAAGACCAAAACUGAGCACGAAACCAUAUUGGCCUUAUUGGAUGAAAGGACUAUGAAGCUGGACGAAACAUUAAAGGAGCUUGAGACAACACGUGCACAGUUUGUAAACAUUGGAACAGAAGUGGAAAGCUCGCGGGAGGAGCUGGAGAAGAGCCGGGGUCUCCUGGACAGUGCGCUGAAAGAAAAGGAUGAACUGGAGGCUCAGAUCUUCUGUUUGAGACUAAGCCUGGGCAGCCUGGAGGAGGCCCAAGCCCAGGCAGCGCGGGAGGGAGAGGAGCACCGAAGGAAUAAGGAGGAGAUGGAUGACCGCAUUAAGAAAAUGGAGCAAGUAUUGGAGGAAGAACUGGAACAGUUUGAGAACAUGCUUAAAGCCAAGGAUGUUGAGUUUGGUGAAGAGAAAGAGAAAUGGGAGGAGGAGAGACAGGAGAAGGAGAAAGAGCUCCUCGACGUGAAGCAACACCUUGAGGAACACAGGAGGGAGAUGGAGGAGCAGGUCAAGGCUCUUGUGGAGAAGCAGCUGGAGGCUGUUGAGGAGGCAACAAAAAGGCUCAAGACAUCUCACCAGCAGGAGAUAAAAGAUAUGAUGGAGAAACAUCAACAACAGAUUUCUGAGGCCAACAAUCAUCUCCAGUCAGAACUACAGAAGCGGCAGGCUACUAUGGAGGAAGAACAGAAGCGACAGAUCAGCCUAAUCAAACAGGUGACUGAACGUGAGCACGAGAGGAUGAUCUCUGAGCUGACCGCCCAACACGAUGAGGAGCUCGAUCACCUUAGGUUGGAGGUGUCCUUGGAGCUGAGAGAGAGCAUGGAGGCGGCCCACCAGGCUGAACUGCAGCAGUCACUGGUCCAAAAGGUCCAAGAGCUUCAGGCCUUGCGACUGAGCCUAACCGGCACGUCCCAGCUGGAGCAGGAGUCCCUUCUCACGGAGGUUCACACCUCCCUGAAGGAGACCUUUGCCCAGGAAAGUGAACUUCUCAAGACUCGCCAUCAGUUAGAACUGGACCAGAUCACACAGCAGAACCAGGAGCAGCAGGAGAGACUGCGUGUGCUGCACCAACAAGACAUGAAUGAGUUGAAGCAGCAGUGGGAGACUCGUAUUGCUCAGGAGAGCGCUGCCAUGCAGGAACAGCAGACCAAGGAAAUACAGGCUUUAAGGUCACAGUGGGAUAAGGAAGCUGAGAGCACCCAGUCGACCCUGAAGACCUCUCUCUCAGACACCCAGAGAAGCCUUGCGGCUGCCCAAGCAGAGCUUGCCGGCGCCCAUGAAUCCCUCACCCAGACUAACAAAGCUCUAACAGAAGCCCAGACCGCUUCGUCCCAGACUCAGUCGGAGCUGCGGGAGUCGUGGGCCAGGCUGCAGGAGCUCCAGGCCUCCAGUCAGGAGUCGAACCAGAAACUGGAGGAGGAGCUGAAACAAGCCUGGGGUGACAGAGAUGCUGCUGCCCGUGCUCUGGAGGAACUGACAUCUAGUCAUAAGACUGUGCUGAAGGAGAGGGAGCAGCAACUACUCCACCUGGAGGAGAAGAAACAGCAACUGCACCUAGAGGUUUUGCGCCUUCAAGAGGAGCGGACCUCGCUAAAAGAGAGGUCAGAGCAAGAAGUAGGUCAGCUGUGGUCCCAGCUGGAGAGCAUGAGGACCAGUCGCCAAGAGUUGGGAGAGCUGAAGGAGCAGCUGCUCGCUCGCUCAUCUCGAGUUGAGGACUUUGAGCGCCUGAAGAUAGAGUUUAAUGAACAGAAGCGGGAAAUCAAAGAGCAGAAUGAGGCUGAACUGGAGAGCCUGAGGAGGUAUUUUGAGCAGAGAUUGCGGGCAUCAGAGGACAGCUACAGAGAAGAAAUUGCGUUGCUUCAGCUGAGGCUGGUGGAAAGUGCCUUGGAGGAAUCUGUGCUUAAAACUGCAGAUGACAGUUUCAUAUCUCAAGGCCAAGUCGAAGAGGAAAAAGAUCAGCACUAUGAUACCAGCCUCGAGUUGGAGAAACAUGAGGAACCACUGGAUUGUUUGCGCCGUCAGCUAGUGGAGGAGCACGCAAUGGCGCUCGCCAAUCUGCAGUCUUCUAUGGCACUUUCCUUUAAGGAAGAGCUGCGACAGGUGCGCUCUGACCUCACUGACCAGUACUAUGAGGAGCUGCAGGAGAAGAGGACUCGUCAUGCCCUAGAGCUGGAGCAAAUGAGAGCCAAACUUUCUGACCGUCAUUUACAAGAGCUUACGAGAGUUAGUUUGGAGGCCGAACAGCAGGUUGAGGCGGAGGUAGAACAGAGGAUAUGGUGUCACACCGAGGAGCUACAGACAAGGAUGACCAUGAUUCACAGUCUGGAAGAAAGAGUGUCUACCUUAAGUAAACAACAUGAUGCAGAAAUGCAAAGGAACACACAAAAGCUGAAAGAGGAGUUUGCUGGUGAGCUUGUUCAGCUUGAAGAAGCUCUGAAACAGGAGACGGUGCACGUGCAGGACGAGAUGAAGAGGCUGCGAGAAGAGCUCCAAGAGAGACAUGAAGCUGAACUCGCUGCUGUGAAGUCGAACCUUGGCAGAGAGGUGGAGAAGGAGAGGUCACGUCUUGAAAAAGCACUUCACGAGGAGACGGAGAAGUUAAACUUCCUACAGUCUGCGCUUGACAAUGAUGAAAGCCCACAGGUGCUGAUGGUGCGUCAGAGACUGAAGGCCGAGUACGACUGUGAGCUACAAAGGGAAAAGAGCUGCAUGGCGACAGAAAUCCAGGAGCUCACUGCUCUCCUCCGGGAGCAAGGUGAAGAGCGGCUACGCCAAGCCCAAGAGAGGUUCCAGGAGGAAAAAGCAACGCUGGAAUAUAAUUUGGCCGAAAAAUCUGAAAUCUCUCUGGCACAGCUACAGAAUAAACAUCAAACUGAGCUGGAACACGAGAGAGCAGCGCUUCUGAGCAAACACUCCGAAGAGAAGGACACACUCAAUGCCAAACACAAAGCACAACAAGAUUCACUCAGUGCCAGUCACAGCGAGCAGCUCGCCGCCGCCACGGUUGAACUAGAAUCCAAACACAAAGCUGAGCUUGUCGCCUUGGAAGCAGCCCUCCGUUCCAAACGAAAGGACGACCUUGAAAGUCUGGAAGCUGUUCUUCAGGAGACUCAUCAGGCCCAGCUGGAGGCUCUGGAGGCUGAGCUGACUCGCAAACACCAGGAAGAGAGGGAUGAACUGGAAAAGAGGAUGCUGGGUAAUAUGGACACUUUGGAGGCCACAUACCUGAAGGAAGUGCAAACACUGCGAGAUGAAAUGAUGCAACUUGAAGAUAAACAUUGUCAAGACCUGAAUCUCCAGAAGUCACAACACCAGCAGAUUAUGGAGCGCCACAACACUGAGCAGCUGUCAAUCAGGGAGGAUCUGAGGAAAGAGCUGGCUCAGGUGCACAUAGAGAAGUUUAGGGCCAUGGCAGCAGAGCUCAGCCACGUUCACAAGACUGAGCUGGCUGCUCAACAAGAGGCAUUGGACAUAGAACACUGCAAAGCCCUGGAGACUCUAAAAAAGCAGGUUUUGGAACUCGAGCAACAACACAGCACUGCCCUGCAGGAGCUCUCACAUACCUACACUGCUGAGAAAGAGCAACUCAUCGCACAGCAACAGGAGUUGAGGGCGGUCUCUGCGCGGGAAUUGGUGGCAUGUCGCAGGGAGCUUGAAGAGGAGUCAUUAAGGCAACGUCAGCACUUCCUAGAAGAGGCGGAGCUCCUCAAAGUCCAAUCAGAGGAGAGAAUGCAGGACAGAAUUAAUCAACUGAAGACUGAAUUUGAAGAGCAAAAGGAGGCGGAGCUUGAGGACCUUAAGCAAAGCUUCACAUCUGAACAGGAGGCGAAGGAGCAGAGCUACACGGGCAAAAUGAGCCAGCUCACUAUCCAGCUGCAGCUACUGGACGCUGUGGUGGCCCAGCUGCGUGGCGAAGUUGGUUGUCUGCAGGGGGAGUUGGAAGGGAAGCGUUCAGAGAUGGAGACUUUGGACACCCUCCUCCAACGAAGGGAGCGAGAGAAUCAUGAGGGUGGAAAUCUUCUAAACAUGCUCACGGAGGACUUGCAGACUGCUAAAGAGGAAAGACGUAAACUGCAGCAGGCCAAUGAAAAACUGAGAAAGGUGCUGAUUGAGAUGAUUCGCUGCACCAUUACAACUGAAGACAUGAUUGGACAAAAGAUCAGUGGCAAAACCCAAACAUCUGGGCAGGCGACCCUUCAGAGGAGCUCAGCGGGGAACAAAGAUGCACAAGAAUCUGGUAUUUCCGUUGCAGACAUGUCUUCAGAAGACAUGGAGCUGACCCAGCUGCUCUGCGAGAGCCUGCUGGUUUCUGAUUGUCAGAUCAAUCCUGGCGGAGAGGAAGCGGCUCUGAACGCCUGCAGCAGACUGCGUCACACUGUUGAAACCCUUCUGGAGCUGCUCAACCACGCCAACACACAGCUGGUGCAGACUCAUGAUGUCCACCUCUCUCUGGAGGAAAAGUUCUCUCAGGGCAGAGACGACUCCGCCCAGCUCAUUGAGCAGCACAAGCACCUGUUGGAGCAGCUUGAUCGAGAAGCGGAGCUGAAGAGUAAACUCCAGCUAGAACUUCACAAGGCAGAGGGGCUUCUGGAUGGCUACGUGGCAGAAAAAGCAGUCCUAGAGGAGUCUCUGCAGCAAAAGGAGGUACAGGAGGAAAGACUUGUGGAGGAGCUUGAGGACCUGAAGGUGAAGCUGCACCAGAUGCAGGCCCUCCCCACAGAGCUGGAUAACCUCCGACUGAAGCAUCAGGAGCUCAGCGAGGAGCACACACUCCUCCUCCGUCAGAAGGAGUAUCUCUCCUCUGGUCUGGGGGAGAGGGAGAAAGCUCUACUUGCAGAGACGCAGCGUUUGACCCAGGAUAGGCUGGACUUGCAGCGGCAGGCAGAAAAGGACCGCAGCUCUCUGUCUCUGCGCCUCAGGGCUCUGGAGAGAGAGCUGGAAGAGCAGGAAACUAAGGGCCUGGAGACCGAGCAGCACCACAGAGUCAACGAGGAAGACCUCCACCAACGCGUCCAAGCACUUGAGAAACAGCUGAAACAUGACAGGCAGUUUAUAGAAGAGCAGGCUGUGGAGCGUGAACACGAGCGAGACGAGUUCCAGCAGGAGAUCCGAAGCCUGGAGGCCCAACUGCGCCACACAGGCAGCGGGGAUCACAAAGGACACCGGUUUGAGGACUUGGUUCUGCAGGUGGAGAGUCUACAAGCUAUCAUCAAAGACAAGACUGAUGACCAUUCCUCCUUGCUCGCAGCCAAUCAGCAAGCCCAGCGUGACCUUAAGGAGCGUAAUGAGGAGAUAGACAAGCUAGCCGGGCGAAUCAGGGAACUAGAGCAAGCGCUGCUGAACACCGUCGAGAGUCAUCGAUCUAUCGGCCACCUGGAGCAAGAGCUCCAAAGAGCAAGGGCGAGGGAACAGGAGCUCACACAAGAUAAGCAGGCCUUGGAGCAGCAGCAGCUGUCGAACAGGCUUCAGAUCUCCGCCCUGCAGUCUAAAGUGGAUGAGACGAGACACUGUUACCAUGACAACACGCGUGACCCCACUCAGGAGCUUAGCGACGCCCUGGACGCCGCUCAACAGAGCCUACAGAGCAAAGAGCAGGAGGUCGAGGCCCUGCAUCGCCAACUGGAAACUGUGCAGAGGGACUUGAGCCUCAAAGAGGUUGAACUAAAACACCUCGCACUACAGCUGGAGCUACUGACCAAUCAGAGUGCAACUCAGGUUAAUGAGCUCCAAGGACAGAUUGCCACACUGCAAGAAAAUGUGUCCGCUCUAUCGAUACUCAAGGAGGAGCAAGAAGAACAAAGCGAGGUGGAGGACACCGAGGAGGAAAGCCUCUCCUCAGCAUUAUUUCAGGAGAAAAAUCAGGAGAUUGACCAACUCAACGCGCAGAUCCAAAAACUGGAACAUAAGUUGGAGAACACCAGGGACAACAAGGCUCUCGAGGCUGAGCUUGAGGAUCUGCACUCACAGGUGGAACACCUUCGGUCUGAAAUCGUGAGAGUGCGUCAGGACAAACGGGAAGAAGAGGAGCGCCUUCACGAGGUCAUCAGCACCCUGCAGGCAGAACUGGCCACAUUAGGCCCCAACCUGCAUGAAGUCAGUGACUCUCAGGAUGGUGACAGUAUUAACCCCUCGCUGGCUCCCAGCCCAGAGCCUGACCACGAUGCAAUGCAGGAGCAAGCGAAGAGGGGAGAACCGAACAGCUUGAAGCAAGAGCUCGGUCUGGGUCACUCUGCCUCAUCUCGCUCCCAUCGGUCUCGUCUCAAGGCCCUCCAGAGUCAGCUCGAGGCUGCGCUGGCUGAGAAAGACGGACUGGAGCGCUUACUGCUCACCCAGGAGGAAGAUUACAGAGGACACGGGGAGGAGUUUGCAAAGAGGCUGACUGCUGAACGGGAGAGGGCAGAUGAACUCCAACAUGCUCUCGCUGUCAAAGUAGCGGAGCUGAAGGAAGUCCUAACCCAGAAAGAAGAGGAGACUGAGAACAGUGGAAGGGGACCAUCUGAAGAGGAGAGGGACUGUGGCAAAAGUCAAGUCCAAGAGAUGAGCGCACUGCAUGAGAAGAACGUCCACCUCGGCUUACUGGUUGUGGAACUCCAAAAGAAAGAACAAGCGAGCCGGACAGAGAUUGAGAUUCUGAAAUCAAAACGGCAGGAAAUGCAAACAGAAAAUGAAGUCCUUCAAGAAACCUGUCUCACUCUUGAGAGACAAGUCCAGGAGGUUAGAGCCGAGGUGGUGGACAUGGAGGAGCUGGUUGCUGUGGAAAGGACAAAGCUAAAAACACUCCAGACGUUGAGGGAAGAGCUUUCUGCCGAACGUGAGGCACGGCGGACGAGGGAGGGGCAACUCCAGGAGGAAAGUGAAAGCCUCAGACAGGAAGUGACUUCAAUGAGCGCCUGUAUCCGGGACCUGACCGGUCGACUCAAUGAGAAGGAAAGCAGUCAAGAAGAGGCUCAAAAGGAAGUGCUGACCCUGGCUAAAGUAGACGCUGCCUUGAGACAAAGGGAGACUGAACUCGUCAGACUGAAGGCAGAGCAUCAGGCUCUGAGGGCCGAGCUGACUGCUGUGAAAAAGGGUCUAAGUACCAGUUCGGAGAAGGCUGAGAAACCACAUGAGGAAGGACAGACCGAAGGCCGCGCCUUAUUCAUCCUUGAUACUGAUGACCAGCGGCUGAAGGCGGAGCUGCGAGGUUUACAGGAACACCUGGCUGUACAGGAAGAGGAACUAUCCCAUCAGCAAAGAGAACUACGGCAACUCCGACAUCACUGGGAAGACACACUUGAUCACCAGGAAGCAUACUUACCGAAGGAUAUCUCCCACAGAGCUUUUGAGGAUGUCGUGAGCGAGUCUCGUGACGAAGCCUCUCUGAGCUCUCCGGAGGUUUUAAGGAGGCUUGAAUGCUCCGCACACAGAAUCCCAGAACGGUUCCACGCCUCUGCUCUCGACUCUCGGCUGUCCGAGUUGAGCGGUCUGAACAUCACAGGCCUGGAUCUCCACCAUGUCAAGACCUCCCCCGGGGUUGUGAUGGAGCCUCCGCACUCCAGGACCAUCACACCAGAGCCGGCCACACAGAGUACCCACUCCCCAGGCUCUGUGUCCGUGUGCGACCACUUAUCCACGCUCGACUCACUGGGCACAGAUAAAGCACACGAGUUGGAAGAACUGGAUCUAACAGCACCUCCGUCCCCCCUGGGCUCCACCUCAUCCUUGUCGGCACCAGAAUGGGCCAGUGACGGAUAUGGCAGCAAUGUGAGUUCAGAACUAGGUGCGAGGCUGAAAGUAGAGCUGGAACAGACUGAAAGGCUGGAUGCACAGUUUCUUGAGUAUCUUCACUGCAGAGGAAUGAACCCCACGGUGAACACAGACAGUGCUGCAGGCAGUAUGAGCUACAGCGACGACCUGUUGUCGCCUGAGCUUCAGGGUCUGUUAAAGAAAGUGUAUCAAGAAAGCUGCCAAAUUCUCACACUGUCCCAACGCCGCGCCACGUCCUCAACGCGGCCUCAUGUCUCUGACCUAAGAGCCGUCUCGUUGAGUCAGAGAGGGCAAUAUUCUGAAGAUGGCGCCGUCACACCGGACCAGCGGGACCAUCAGUCCUCCAAUCCCCCCAUGAGCUGGCAGCAGGAGAAGAGGGCACUUCAGGAGACUGUGAUUGCUCUCCGAGAGCUGCUCUGUCGAAUGGCUCAAAGCCAAACACGAACUGACUACAGAGAGGAAGACCAGCACAGAGAUCAGCUACACACGGACAAACCGGGUGAAACACAACUGAGGACUGAGCUGAAGGAGAGCCAGAAACACUCGACAUGUGUUCGUGACGUUCAGCAAGAUCAAAAGAAACAAAUGCAGUCACUCCGGAUGGCUGUGGAAAAGGCUGAGGAAGCUUUGAGACAUGAGCUGCUAAGAGUCCAAGAGCUUCAACAACAACUGGAGCAGGAGAGAACUCUCAGUGUCCGUAAGGACCGAGAGGAGGAAGAAAGGAGAGCGGCUGUGCAAGUUUCCUUCGAGCAGAAGAGGUUUGAGAUCACGGCUCUGAAGGGUCAGGUGGAACAGGAGAGGGUCGCCUGCAGCAACCUCCAACGGGAGCUUCAGAUUGAACAGUCCCGCAGCGUGCUGCUGGAGAAACGCCUCGACGACACCCAGAAGGAGCUACAAGAUGAACGGCAACUUUCCGCUCGCCAGAAAGAACUCAGCUUGCAAGACCAGACUCGUCUUGAGCGCCUCGUGACAGAAGCCGAAUCUUGUCAAGCAGAAAUUCGCUCCAAGCUCUCAAAUGCUCGCAAUAAAUUGGAUGAAGAGCGAGACCAAUGCUCCAAGCAGGUGGAUGAAGUCAGCCGCAGACACGAGGCGGAUGCCGCCAGAGACAGGAAGUUCCUCUCCGACAUGCGCGCCCAGCUGGAGCAGGAGCGAAGGCAGGGGGAGGAGCUGGUUGUCGAGUUGGACAAACUGCGAUCCGAGCUUCUGCAGAGCCGGAGGAAGUGGGAGGAGGAGGACAGAACGAGGAGGGCGGAGCUGCAGAGGGAGCAGGAGGCCGCCACUCGAUGUCGUGUAGCUCUGGAGGCCUUGAAGGAGCAGAAACGGGAAACCAGCUGUGCUUUAGAGAUGGAGCGAGAGCGUUCCCGACACCAGGGUGGGGAACUGGCCGAGCUGAAGGAGAGAAUGCGACUGCUGAAGGACAAAGAGCGGGAGCGUGAGGAGCAGCGGGAGAGAGAGAAGAGGAAGGAGAGGCAAGAGCAGAUGGAGAGGGGGAGACGACAGGAUAGGACCAACAACAAACUGUGUGAGUUGAAGCUGUUGAGGCAACAGGACCAGCAGCGCAUGCAGAAGCUGCAGCACACUCUGGCAGAGCUGGAAAGCGAGGAGAGAGAGAUGGCGGCUCAGAGGCUGUCUGCACAAACCACAGGGCAGCAACACAGGGCCGCGUCUUCACAGAACCUCCAGAGUGAUUUCCAGGCAGAUGUUGUACAACUAAACCAGCAGAUGUUCGCCACGCAGUCAUCCCCCAGUCUGCUGGAGAGGUUGCUGAAGGAGAACUCUGACCUUACAGAGCGCGUGACGUCCCUGAGUCGGGAUAGAGCCACCCUCAAACACACGCUCGCCUGCUCCGAGCGACAGCUGCGGUGCACCGAGAACGAGCUCGCCAAGGUCGCCACGGGGACUGAAAACCGACCCAUUAAUGAUGUAACAAGCAGCAGCAAGGUGCAGCGUUUGUAUGAGCGCUACCUGCGCGCUGAGAGCUUCAGGAAAGCUCUGGUGUACCAGAAACGUUAUCUGCUGCUGCUGCUGGGGAGUUUCCAGGAGAGUGAGCAGGCCACGCUGUGUCUCAUCGCUCAUAUGGGGGCACGCCCGUCCCCCCCGCUCUCCCACAACAGACCCCUGGGACGAUUUAGGGCCGCUGUGAGAGUUGUCAUCGCUAUCUCAAGAAUGAGGUUCCUGACGAGGAAAUGGCAGAAAGCGAUCAGAAGAUUAUCUGUAUCCGGGACGGUCAAUGGGCAUGCUCAAGGGCCUAAAGCUGAAGUUUUAACGCAACUACAUCCUCGGUUAAAGUUUGACUCGCCGCCGAUCAGAGACGGUAGUGCCGUCCACAGAGACAAAGUGUCGGCUCUUGUUCCACCCACAAAAUCACCCUUCAGGUUGCACAACAGGGUUAACUCCAGCACCACGGCGGGCUCGGAGCAUUCAGGAGGAACCUCUCAGGAUCCAGAGCGAUCUCUGACAGAAUAUAUCCACCAUCUAGAGAAAGUCCAGCAGCGGCUGGUGGGAACAAGACGAGGCAAGCCUUGUUUAGCCCCACCCCCUAAAGAGGAAAGGAGGAUACAGUCAGCCUGUUCCCCUCAUAUGAUUGGUUAUCGGCAGCGAUGGCUGCAGGAGAAUAGGACGUGGCUGUACCUGAGCUGCUUGUCGCCCCUUUACCUGAAUGGUCCAGGUUCGUCUUCUUUCCAGCCCGACCCGUCGUCGUCCGACCACUGAAUGAAUGUCUGCUGUCUGCAUACCAUUCCAAAACUGUUAAACUGAAAUAUGUAGAAAGGAACAUUGUGUGGAUUUUUCUUUGAGUUAUUUUAUAAUUGCAUAAAUUAUUUUUCAACACUUUUUAUUGGUAUUUUUCUAUUUUCUGUACAAUAGUAUUUUGAAGGGGACCUUAAGAUGUUGCCAGAACAAAUUUGUUUUUCUUUAUUUUAAAAUGUUUAUUUUUCUAUUGAUGUCUAUCAUUUUGCGCUUGUAAAUAGGGCUCAUGCUUACUUAACAUAUCCAAAUUUGCACUGAUUGUUUUUUUGAAAAUCCAUGACUAAGAUGGCAUGUUGGUGAACCAUAUUUGUUUUUUGUGUAAUGUUUCUACCAUAAAGUUGAUAAAUAUUUUAAAUAUUUCUACAAACCAAAAA